AUGUUGGCCGCUUGCGCCUCCACCUCGCGCCUCUGGGAUGUCGUGUUAUUCCCCCUCCUCCUCCUCCUCCUCCUCCUCGCCUGCACCGGCCCCGUCUACGCCGCGGUCCCCGUCUCCCAGCCAUCAGGCGGGGCACCGACCCCGGGCAAUGUCGUCUUCUCCAACUUCUUCGGCAUCUCGCUCGAGCUCUCGUUCAUUAACUACUACCUCGGCAACGACUCGUCGACCGUCCCCGCUCCUGUCGUUCAGUACCUCUCGGCGCUGCACGCGCAUGGGUCCGGCAAGCCCGUCCGCCUUCGCCUCGGCGGCAACUCGAUGGACAGCUCGACGUACGUGCCCGGCCAGGCCGACCUCAUCCACUUCACGGAUCCGGACGCGAACGCGAACGACCAGCCUAUCGAUUUUGGCGCCCAGCUGUUCGACACGAUGAACGCGAUGAGCGACGCCGUAGGGGGUGCCGAGUACCUCGUCGGGCUCAGUCUGCGGACGCCGAAUAACACGAACAUACCACUGUUGGCGGGAGACAUCCAGAAGGCGGUAGGCGACAAGAUCGAUGCCUUUCUCCUUGGUAAUGAACCGGACCUUUACUCUGCCCACGGGCAGCGCCCAUACUUGAAGAACUAUACCACUGACGACUACAUCGAUGAUUACCAAACUGUUUUCAACGCUCUGCAGAAUACCCCUCAAGGAGAUGUCUUGAGCCUGAACAACAUUGCUGGCCCGACCACCUGUUGCUUCUGGGACCUCGCUCCGGUGCUGCAGUCUGGCUGGCUCGACAAGUACAAGCAGCAGUUGAAGUACAUCACCGUCCAGCACUACCCCCAGAACACCUGCACUGGCAAGCCCUCCUUUGGCGUCGAAUGGUACAUUGUUCACGCCAACACCGUCCGGCUCGCAUCUUGGCAGACGCCCGGCAUCACGAUGGCCAACGCGGCGGGCAAGCCGAUGAUCAUGGACGAAUUCAACUCCAUCGCCUGCGGCGGAGCCCAAGGCGUCUCGAACACGUUCGGCGUCGCGCUCUGGACGGCUGACUACGCGCUGCAGCUCGCCGCCGUCGGCUACAAGGCGGCGUACAUCCACACCCGCGAACCUGGAAUCACCUACAACCCCUUCGACCCCCCGCACGUCCCCGCCGCGCAGGCCGGGGCUUGGCUCACCCAGCCGCCGUACUACGCGAUGCUCCCCGUCGCGGAGGCCCUCGAAGGCACCGACGGCGCGCGCGUCGUCGACCUCAACCUCCAGAACUCGAAGACGGUGCAGACGGCGACCGCGGCCGGGUACGCGAUCUACGCGGGCGCGUCCGCCGCGAUCCGCACCCUCGUCCUCUUCAACUACCAGAACGCGUCGGGCGCGACGGCGGACUACGCGAUCGACGCCGCGCUCGCCGCGCAGGCCGGCUCGGCGGCCGCCGGCGCGGUCACCGUCCGCUACCUCGCGGCGGCGUCGGUGAACGAGGCGACGGAGAUCGCGUACGGGGGCCUGACGUACGCGGGCGUCGGGGACGCGCACCCGGUGCCGGCGACGUUCGCGGCGAGCCGCCCCGACGCGAACAUGUCGUGCGCGGACGGGUGCACGGUGCAGGUUCCUGGACCGGGCAUGGCGGUCGUGUUCUUCGGGGGCCCGAGCACGGCGACGGCCGCGGCGAACAGCAGCGCGAAUGCGACGAACUCGGAUGCAAUAUAUGUUGGCGCACGAAACUGGUGA